UUCAUGAUCGCCGAGGCAGAGUGAGAGCGCGAGAGAAAUUUUCGUUGAGAAGCUUCACGGCGUUCUCCGUUCAGCAGGAAAAGGGACGAAGGCUUGAAACGCUAGGGUUUGGAGGAAGUGCGAAAGUUCUACAAGUUUUGAAUUCGAUUAGGGUUUGGAGGAAGUGCGAAAGUUCUACAAGUUUUGAAUUCGAUUAGGGUUUGGAGGAAGUGCGAAAGUUCUACAAGUUUUGAAUUCGAUUAGGGUUUGGAGGAAGUGCGAAAGUUCUACAAGUUUUGAAUUCGAUUAGGGUUUGGAGGAAGUGCGAAAGUUCUACAAGUUUUGAAUCCGAUUAGGGUUUGGAGGAAGUGCGAAAGUUCUACAAGUUUUAAAUUCAAUUAGGGUUUGGCAACGUAUCAGUCUUUUAAGAAUUUAACUUCUGUUUUUUUCCUCACUGGACAUCAAGAUCAUCCGAAAGUUCUGUCCAGGAGGAAGGAUGGAUUUGGAGUCAGGCUCAGGGGGAUCUGUUUCUGCUACAGCCAUCGAUUCCUCGAACAUAGGGUUUCAGCUUUUGAAGAAGCAUGGUUGGAGGGAAGGAACAGGCCUUGGAAUUUCUGAGCAGGGUAGGUUGGAACCUGUACAGACAUCUGUAAAGAAUAAUAAACGUGGUCUGGGAGCAGAUAAAGUGAAGAAGAAGCUUAAAGAAAGUACUGAUAUUGCAGCCUCUGAUACGAAAAACCAGGAACGUCCUUCGUCGAAGAAAGCGAAGGCGAUGUCGAAAAAGACGCGGAAGAUGCUCGAGGAAGAAAGGUUAUUUCGAGAGAAGGAAUUCGAGAGGGCAUUUUUCAGGGAAUUUUGGCCAGAUAAUGUGUAAUGUUAUACAUGAACUGGCACUUCCCAAAUCAUAAUGUAAGCAAAUUCAAUUUCUUUGCCAAAAAUCUUCUUUUAAUUAGGGUUUAUAGCAAGUUAGCAUUCACCAUGUAGUCUGUAGUUUGUAAAUGUUUAUGAUUAUUGAAUUGAUUUUAUAAUUAUCCUAAU